AGCAAAUCUCACUGCCUGGAACUGGGACUCUAUUCUGUGGAGUCGUUUCAGCCCGUGAGAGCCACCAACUCCUACACUAGAGGUCCUAUGAACCUCUGCUUUCCGAGUGCAAAUGUGCACAAAAAUAAUUCGGCAUCAGUAACAAGAAAAUAAAAAUGACACGAGAAGAAGAAUUACCAGACUGGCAAACAUCACAGGACUUCUAUGAGAAAUAUGAGCCAAAAGAGAUCUUGGGAAGAGGAGUAAGUAGCGUGGUGCGACGCUGCAUUUUCAAGCCCACCAGAGAAGACUUUGCUGUGAAAAUCAUAGAUAUCACUGGAGAUCACUUAACGUCAGAGCAGAUCGCAGAAUUGCGGGAAUCAACAAUCAAGGAGAUUGACAUCCUGAAUAAAGUAUCAGGGUUCUCUAAUGUCAUCCAGCUCAAGGACAGCUAUGAGUCCCACACUUUCUUCUUUCUUGUAUUUGACUUGAUGAGAAAAGGAGAACUGUUUGAUUACCUGACAGAACAGGUCACUCUGAGUGAGAAGGAAACAAGGAAGAUCAUAAGGUCACUGCUGGAAGUUAUCUCCAAACUGCAUGGCUACAACAUUGUCCACAGGGACCUGAAACCAGAGAACAUUCUGCUGGACGAUGACAUGAACAUCAAGCUGACUGACUUUGGUUUCUCUUGUCAGAUCCCUGAGGGGGAAAAGCUAAAGGAAAUAUGUGGCACACCAGGAUACCUGGCUCCAGAAAUCCUUCAUUGCUCCAUGGAUGAAAACCAUCCGGGAUAUGGUAAAGAAGUGGAUAUGUGGAGCUGUGGUGUUAUAAUGUACACCCUACUGGCUGGCUCCCCCCCAUUUUGGCACAGGAAGCAGAUGCUUAUGUUACGCAUGAUUAUGAGUGGAGAGUACCAUUUUGGCUCACCAGAAUGGGAUGAUCGAUCUGACACUGUAAAAGAUCUGAUUGCACGACUCCUUAUUGUUAACCCAGAGAGACGCCUUACAGCGGAUGAAGCUCUAGUUCACCCUUUCUUCCAGCAAUAUGAUGUAGAAGAAGUGCGUUAUUUUAGCCCACUUAGGAAAUUUAAAGUGGUCUGCCUGACGGUCCUUGCUUCAGUUCGAAUAUAUCACUAUUAUAGAAAAGUGAAACCAGUUACCAGGGAGAUAAUUGUACGGGACCCAUAUGCAUUUAAGCCCAUUCGCAAAAUGAUUGAUGGCUGUGCAUUCAGAAUAUAUGGACACUGGGUGAAGAAGGGCGAACAACAGAACAGAGCAGCCCUGUUUGAGAACACCGCAAAAGCCAUUCUUCUGUCUCUGGCUGCAGAGUCCAAUUUUACUUCAUGAUGUUUUGAACAUACUAACAACUACAGACCUGGGGCUUCUACUAUCAACAAAGAAUUUCUUUGUAAAUAUAUGUAUGCAGGACAACACUAUUUGAGGAUAUCAGGAUAAAUAUAGCUACUACUGUGCAGCAGUCAGUAAAUGAAAAGAAAUGGGGGUCAUUUUAUGUGAAAAAGAAUGUACUGCCAAUCCUUUACAGGCACUAGUAUCACUUUAAAUAAAAUCUGUAACUUGCAAAUA